AUGUUGGAGUUUAUGGAUUACAUCCAGCAGGCGUUCUAUGAGGGGUCGCAUUGGAAUUAUGAGAAUUCGUAUUCGCAGUUGACGGCUACAGCAAGAGCUCUCCUUGAUUUCGAUACUCCGCGCGGCUUGCGCCUAAACCUCUCGUCGCUUUCGUCGCCGAAUUUUGCGACGUCCUAUGCUAUCGGCAGCGUUGGGCUGGUCGAUGGCUCGCUCUCGUACCUCUACACCUCGCUUCCCCUUCGGACGACAUCGCAAAGCGGAAACGUGGACCUCCACAAUGUUAUCCGGGGAUACAGACAGAUUCAAGAGCUUCGCAGAAAAGAGGAGUCAUGGAUGUGGGAGCGGUGGCAGGGAGGGCGACGGAUAGACAAGCGCGAUACUCUACUUUAUGGACGACUCUACCUACCUCAGAGCACAUUAGAGGGCUUAUAUCUCCGGCGAAUAAGUCCGACACAGCAGUUGAAGCUGUCAGUCGUUAGUGAUAGCCGCUUGCGCAAUGGCGGAACCGUCUUGGCCUUGCAUCAGUACGAUGUUGGGAAGUACAAUGCAGAGUCGUUAUAUUCGACAGACGGCGGACUCAUCGGCUUCCGAGGCCUAUACAAUUUCGGUCCCGACCCAAGGAAAGAGACGACCGAGCAGCCUCCUAGAAUGGAUGAUCGAUUCUAUGGCCGCUUCAGUGCAGGUGCGGAGAUGUAUUACGGCUCGUUGAAUAAAUCGGGAGGCGUGAGCUUCGGUGGCAGAUUUGCUACUCUUCCUGCCCACAAGGGGACGCCCCUCACAGCCACGCUGACGUUGAACCCGUUGAUGGGCAAUGUGAGCACAACCUAUGCUGUGAAGGCCGGGGAAAAUCUAGCGUUGUGCUCGAAAUUCGACUUCAAUGUCUACAGCUAUGAGAGCGAUCUCAUGCUUGGCUUUGAGCUGUGGAGGAUGAAGGGGAGAUCUGAGCCAAGACGAGAGCGAAGCAUUGCUGCAAAGCUUGAGUGGAGAGCGGAUACCAUCGAGGAAAAAGCUACGCCGGAACCGGAACAAGUGAUGGGGGUUCUGAAGGCCCGCAUGGAUCAGAAUUGGAAGAUUGGUCUACUCUGGGAAGGCAGGGUAAAGGAAUUAUUGUUUACGCUCGGGACGUCGAUUGACAUGAAGAGGAGGGAUCAGCCAUUCAGGGUUCUGGGGUUAGAGUUGCAGUACUCUUCAUGA